AUGGAUCAACCCAGUGAUAUAGAUUUGGAAAAGGCGCAACCGCACGUUCAUUCAGGACCGGACCUUGAGCAAGAAAGACGGAGGAGCGGGCAAUUUUAUGAGGAUGGAGAAAAGCUAGGAUCAGAGCUUUCUGUGGUCUAUCAUAAUUAUGAUAAUGAUAGGAAGGAUGAGAAAAGGCGAACUUCAGACACGAUUACAUCGUCUAAUGAUGAUGAUCGGGAGGACGACAACGAUGUCAAUAACCAAGCAAUCAUAUCCAGAUCCAGAUCGAGAUCGAGAACUGAAGAAGCAAACACAGAUGCUGAUGCUGCUACAUCUAUUCUAACCAGGACCUUGACCCUCGUUCGCACGCGAGAGUCUGGGCGAAACCCCGGUCCCCCUCCAGACGGCGGCAUCAGGGCAUGGUCACAAGUCCUUCUUGCUCACUUUGUAAUAGCCAAUACCUGGGGGUACACCAAUUCCUUCGGUAUGUUUCAAACAUACUACACUGAAACUCUACAUCAGUCGCCAUCAGACAUUUCCUGGAUAGGCAGUGUGCAGACAUUCUUGAUCUUUUUCAUUGGCACGUUCUCAGGUCGUGCCACCGAUGCAGGCUACUUUAAAUUCACAUGGGCUUGCGGCAUGUUCAUCGCCACACUCAGUCUAUUCAUGACUUCGUUGUGCACCGAGUAUUGGCAGAUAUUCCUCUCCCAGGGCAUCAUGCAAGGCAUUGGAUGCGGUCUCAUGUUCUGCCCCACUCUAUCUCUUCUACCAACCUACUUUGAUAAACGACGAGCACUCGCCAUGUCCGCCACAGCAGCCGGGUCCGCAACAGGCGGACUGAUAAUCCCCGCCAUGAUAAACUCGCUUUUGAAGGAAGCAGGGUUUGCAUGGACUAUGCGCGCGUUGGGGUUUUUCACUCUAGCCACUUUGCUCCCUGGUUUGUUCUUCCUCCGACAAAGACUGCCGCCGCGUCCAAGCGGGCCUAUUGUCGAAUUGGCUGCCUUUAAGGAAAUCCCCUACUUGUGCUUUGCGAUUGGCAUGUUUUUUGUUCUUUGGGGGUUAUACGUUGGCUUCUUUUAUGUGGGUAGCUAUGCCCGUGAUAUUCUUGGUGUUUCUACGUCGACAUCUACAGACCUACUCAUGGUUAUGGGUGGUAUCGGCCUCCCGGGACGGAUUGUUCCUGGUCUGGUAUCCGAUGCCUGGACGGGACCUUUGAAUCUCUUGAUUCCCUUCGCAAUUAGCACUGCUGUAACGGCAUACGGUUGGUAUGGCGUCCAUAGCACGCCUAGUCUGUAUGUGUGGGCUGUGAUAUAUGGACUCGUUUCCGCCGGCAUCCAGGGCUUGUUCCCUGUUGCUCUGAGCUCAUUGACCGACGAUCUGAAAAAGACAGGCGUAAGGAUGGGAAUGGUUCUCUCUAUUGUUGCCUUCGCAGCCUUGACUGGCAAUCCGAUUGCAGGCGCACUUGUGCAGGCUGAUGAUGAUGGUAGUUACUUGUAUAUGCAGAUGUUUAUGGGUAGUGUUAUGUUGCUGGGCACAAUAUUGUUAGUCAUUGCGAGGGUUAACCGCUUCGGGCUUACAUGGACUAAAGGGUAA